AUGGCUACCGACACGUGGAGCCCACAUGGAAACAAGACAGCCGGAGAGUCAGGUCCGAGCAUCCGAGACCACCCCCUCCUCCGCGGCGACCAGCCCAAGCCCCCGACGGCCGACGAUGAAGUCGCCGUCGUCGUCGACGAGGUCCCUACCGCGCGGCUGGUCGUCAUCAUGGGAACCGUGUGGAUCGGCGUCUUCGUCGGCGCCAUCGACUCCACCAUCUUCGCCACCCUCUCGGGGCCCAUCUCCAGCGAGUUCAAGAGCCUCUCCCUCUUCUCCUGGCUCGCCACCGCCUACCUCAUCGCCAACGCCGCCUGCCAGCCCAUCUCCGGCCGCUUGACCGACAUCUUUGGCCGCGGGCCCGGCCUCGUCUUCAGCAACCUCUUCUUCGCCGCCGGGAACCUCAUCUGCGGCCUCGCCACCGACCAGUACACCAUGAUCCUCGGCCGCGUCAUUGCCGGCAUCGGCGGCGGCGGCCUCAUGUCCAUUUCCACCUUUGUCGGCUCGGAUCUCGUGCCCCUCCGGAAGCGCGGCGUCGUCCAGGGCAUCGGCAACAUCUGCUACGGCUCCGGCGCCAUGCUUGGCGGCGUCUACGGCGGCUUCGUCAACGACCACACCGCCAUGGGCUGGCGCCUCGCCUUCUUCUCCCUCGUGCCGCCCGCCGUCAUCUCCGCCAUCCUCGUCUCCGUUCUCGUCAAGAUCCCUCCCAAGAUCUCCAACAAGUCCUACGUCUCGCGCAUCGAUUUCGGCGGUGCCUUCCUGACCGUCGGCUUCCUCGUCUCCCUGCUCCUCGGCCUCAAUGCCGGCGGGAACCUCGUGCCCUGGCGCCACCCGCUGCCAAUCACCGCCGUCAGCGCCUCCGUGGUCCUCUUUGUCCUGUUCUGGAUUUGGGAGAGCCGCGCCCGCCAGCCCAUCAUUCCCGUGCGCCUGCUGGUCAACCGCACCGUGCUUGCCGCCUGUUUCGCCAAUCUCGUUUGCUCCAUGGCCCUCUUCAUGGCCAUCUUUUAUGUUCCGCUCUACCUACAGGUCCGUGGAUACUCAGCCACUGAUGCCGGCCUGGCCCUGCUCGCCUCCCCCAUCGGCACCUCCGUCUUCUCCAUCUCCGCCGGCCUCAUCAUGAAGCGUACCGGCCGCUAUCAGGGUCUGGCAAUCGCCGAUCUCUGCAUCUUUACCGUGGGAAUGGCCGUCUUGACCACUUUGGAUGAGAACUCCCCUCUGCGACUCGUCCCCUCCACCUUUUUCUUCACCGGCGGAAGCUACGGCGGCAUGCUCACCAUCACCCUACUCGCUUGCAUCGCGGCGGUUGACCAUUCUCAGCAAGCCGUCAUCACCUCCGCUACCUAUCUCGCCCGCAGCCUCGGAAGCACCAUGGGUGUGACGAUUGCGUCCGCCAUCUACCAAAACAUUCUCAAGGCCCGUCUUUGGGAACGCUUCGGUGACCAGCCCGGCGCGGCAGACAUCAUCCGCCGAGUGCGCGAUGAUCUCGAGGAAAUCUCUCGCGUCCCUCCCGGAUGGUAUGACGGCGUGCUGAAGUCCUUUAUGGAGGCGUUCCACGGCGUCUGGCUCGCCAUGUUGACACUUGCGCUAACAGACUUGGCUGCUAUACAGGUUCCUGGGUUUGAUUAG